CCUCAGAACCAGUAAGAGAUCUGAAGAAAUUCGCCGCUCUGCUACUGAACAGAGACGAAAGAGAGAGCUUAGAGAAAGUACCCCGAGGUACUUUGGUGGUAGCCGUCGGUCUACGAGCUUAAUUUAAGAUCUAGAACGCGGUUAUCUGUGGGACUUGAUUCUAACGUAACCAGGUUAAAGGGAACUAACGCGCUUUAUUAGCUUUUUCGGCUUUUUGAGUGCUGAUGAGUUCCCUAGCCCGCUAACCUGAUUCAUUAGCUCAGAAACAAACGCAAAUAAACACAGGAUGUGUCGUUACGUUACGUUUUAACCUAUUUUGUGUUUAUUCUCGAAGGCAAAUGCAGGAAUUCAAAUAAGGGGCGCAAACAGAGCCGUUUGUUCACACGAAAUGAAUUAAAUCCUCGGCGUCGGCUUUUUGAGUUUAGCCAUUUGGCUAAUGAAGCCCAUCUCUUGUCAGUUCGCGAGGAAAUCGAGUCCUGCCAAGAUUGCGGUGAAAUCAAGUCAACAGAUAACCUUUAUUUUUUGGGCCGGUAUCUUGUUUGAAAUCUGGACUGACUGCAGCAUCUCUUGUAACGUUAGUUUGGUGUAGGACAGGUAGCCAGCAGCUAGCUGAGGUAUCCAGGCGGGAGGGAGAAGGUGCUGUGACACCGUUUCUAAUAACAGGUGGCCAUAGUGUCUGAUAUUGGAACUUCGCUUAUUUCACCAUCCACCGGAGUCAUGGAGAAGGAUGAAAAUGGUGAAACCAUGGUGGAGACAAUAAAGGACUCCGUAGCAACCUCUGCCUAUAGGUAUUCCAAGGAAGAGCUUUUGGAAAUCAAAGAAUUGCCAGUUUCAAAUGAGAGGCCAGACUGUCUAUGUGAAUAUGACAGUGACGGGGUCUGGGACCCUGAAAAAUGGCAUGCCUCCCUAUAUCCCUCCUCAGAAAACAACUGUCCUGCUGAAGGAUACAAGAAAGACUUUAUAGAUGAUAGAGUUCCACUAAAACGCAGAAUUGGGGAUCCUAGGGAACGUGUUAAAGAUGACGAUCUGGAGGUGGUCCUUAGUCCACAGCGUCGUAGUUUCGGUGGUGGUUGUCAAGUGGCACCCACUGCCAUCCCUCGACGUCCCAUCAGCCCUUUGGAGAACAAAGAGAACGAAUCUCUUCGGCUGGGUGGUACACGCCGCAUAGGAAGCGGCCGCAUCAUGGCAUCACGUGUGUUCGAGAGGGAAGUGCGAGUUGAAAAGGAGAGGGAACGAGACCGAGACAGAGACCGUGACCGUGAAUUCAAGGACAAAAGAUUCAGGAGAGACUUUGGGGACAAAAGAGUGUUUAGUGAAAGGAGAAGAAAUGACUCCUAUGCCGAAGAGGAACCAGAAUGGUUUUCUGGUGGGCCCACCAGUCAGUCCGAGACCAUUGAGCUUAUUGGUUUUGAUGACAAGAUCUUGGAGGAUGACAGAAGGAGAACCAAACGCUCCAGGAAGAAGCCAGAAUCCGUCAGAGAAGUUGAUUGUAAUGGUGGGUUGGACCCUGGGGUGGUUCAAGAAUCAGGAGCUGAUCAAGAAGUCCCACAUGCAGAGGUUCUUCCAGAGCAACCCCCUGGAGAAUUUGACUUCAAUGAGUUCUUCAACCUUGAAAAGACCAUGCCUGGCCUGGCUUCGAUGAUUGAGGACGUUCUUGGGGAGGGUCCGGUCUCAGCCAGCCGCUUCAGCCGUUGGUUUUCUAAUAACCCAAUGAAAAGUCCAGCAGGCAGCCGAUCUAGCAGUCUACGUUCUACCCCUCACGAAGAGCUUGAGAGACUAGCAGUUCUUGAUCCUCAAACAGGUGCACUAAAUCCAGGGUUGUCCCAGUUUUUCACCCCGAUUCCUUCAGCGGAACAUAAGGAGAAAGUUGACAUUCUGGAGCUGCUUCAUAAGGCCAAUAUCGACCUGAAACCGCUACUGUCCAAUUUAAAUGUCAACAAGGCUCGACUAAAGGAGAGCACAAACUCGGGGGUGGUGUUGUCUCUAGAGGAGGUGGAGGUGGGUCUGAAGGGACUGAAAGUUCAGCCUGAACCCGCUCAACCGCUACCUCAGAGGCAGUUGAGCGGAGGAGGCGGUACUCCCUUCAUGGCGGAGCACCUUGAAGAGGCUCUCACAGGAGGAGCUGGAGGUGUGACAAAAUCGCGGGACCCUGACAUGUCUGCGUUUAACAAGUUGGUGAGCUCCAUGAAGGCAAGUGGAACCCUGCCCACCCACCCCAAAGCCAGCGGGAGCAAUUUACAACAGCAAUCAGUGGAUCCUCUUGUGCCCUUACGUGAGGCCCAGGUACCUGCUCCUCAGCAGAAAAACAUCUUUCAGGAAUUGUUUGUGCCAUCUCAUGGUCCUGUUCCUGCCUCUGUGCCUGGCCUCAUGCACCACCGCGCUUCUCCCCCACUUUUCCCACAGAGAUCUCCUAUACCAGACUUUUAUCAAGGAAUGCCACCUGUAACCGGGUUCCCAGCUGGUUCACAGACUGUGUUGGAUCAAAUUCCAGACUUUCUUCGGGCCAGGACAACACCACAGAUGAGAGCUUUGCAGAUGGGAGUGGACCAGGCCAGUCUGGAAGCUUUAUUCCACCAGGAUCUGGCCGUACAUAAUCACCCACAGUACAGCUACAACAAACACGCUCCAGACAAGUUGUAUCGCAACAGACAACCAAGGAUGACUUGUUCUCCUGUGCCUCACAUACCUGGCCGGACCUCACCUACAGUUACUAGUGUGUUGUCUGCAUCUUUCACUCCCACCUCUGUGAUCAAAAAAAUGUACGAGUCAAAAGAGAAAAGUCGUGAUGAUCCUGGGAGCCGACCAGGAAGCAAAGAGGAGACUGUGAACUCUCAUAGUUCUCAGGAGGAUGGCCCUGCAUCACCCAGUUCGUUUCUUGAAGAUGUGGACACAAGUGGACCUCGGACUGGUGGGGUAAAGGCAUGCUCCACCCCUGUACCUUCCCAGAAUCGUCAUUGUAAAGACUCAGACAGACCAAGACCUCCUUCCACAACCGGCCACCACACUCCAACCAUGUUGUCCCCUGGACCCUCCUCUCCUUUUCCCAGACCCCAGAUGUACCCGGUCCCUCUGCUUCCCCACGUCCCCUUGGUCAGACCUCCACCCCAGCUUCACCCCAGUGUGAUGCAGAGGAUGCUGGUUCAGGGCAUUCAGCCUCAGCUUGGACCUCCGUUGUUGCAGACAGGCAUGUUUCCUCAGACUGUAGACCUGUCUCAGCUCCAGGGUCUGCCCCCUGCCCUCUUAGGGCAACCUCUGUAUCCUCUUGGUCCUGCAGGGCAUCCACUUAUGGCCCCCAGAGCUGCUGGCCCAAACAUACAGUUAGCAGUCCUGCAGCAACAGCUUCAACAACAGCAGAGACCCAAUAUGCAUAUCGGUCCAUCAGGCCAGUCACAGAACCACGGUCCCCAUAGGACACACCACUCCCAGCGAAGAGGGGGCAGCCCUACUCUGGGCCUGGCGAAGUGGUUUGGCUCUGACAUGCUACAGCAGCCCCUCCCUUCCAUGCCUUCAGCUAAAGUGAUCAGUGUUGAUGAGCUCGAGUUCCGCCAGUGACGACAUCCUGUAGCCAUCCAAGCAGGAGUUGAGACACACCUUCCCUUCCCCACUGCCCUCUAGUUGGAGAGAUGUGAACUUUGAUUUCUAUCAUUAUGUACAGAUGACUGAGCCCCGCUAUUUUUUUUGUGCUCUGUCUUGCAGUUAAAGUUUUUUUCGAAGGCCUAAAAGUUAAUAUGACAUAAGGGAAAAGACGAGUUCUGGACCUUAUUUAGUUUCCUGCCGCUUUUGUCAAGUAAUGUAGUUUCUCUUGGUUUUUCUUGUUUUUGACUGAUUCAUACAGUUAAGAAAGUAAAUAAUGUAUAGGCCUGAGUUGUACAGACUAUGGGAAUAGACUUCUUUUUCCACGUUGUACAUAGAUUUUUUUUUUCCUGUCUGUAUGUGGGGAAGGUUUAUCCUGCUUCGAGGCAAUGAAAAGUUUUUCUUUGUCAAGUCACAAUAUUCCACAGUUCCCAUCGCAGUUUGAUCUGUGUGGAAAAGGGCUGCACAGAGGUUGGAAUGGAGACGUCAGCAUGUGUGGCGAUUUAAUGCAUCGCUGAUCCAGAGAUAAAUGCCCUUGAAACUUGGCUGGAAUACUAAAGCAACAAUGUUCUGUAAGAACAGGGCCCAGGGACACUCUUCCACCCAAGAAGUGAUUGCUAGAUGUGCCUUUUUUUUUUUUUUUUUUUAAGAAACCCCACCCCACAUCCCCCCUCUAGCCAGUCUUCUUAGGAUACGAGAAGCACUGCUCUGAAUCACAUUUGUUUUAGGGUGGCUGGGGUUGGAAAUUAAGUAUGUGCUAUUAAUUAAAAAGCACAGAUAGUUAAAGUUGGAAAAAAUUUAAUAA